AUGACUGAGCCACGACUGCGUUAUUCGGGUCGUAGGUCGCCUCAGUUUAACCCCGCGCGAGCCUCGAUGCCUGUGAGCAUUGGUUAUAACCCUCAUUAUAGCGGGGAUCUUCACACGGUUCAAACGGCUCGUUAUGAUGCCGCUGUUCCAAGAAGAGCGGCUGAUCAUAAGUCGCCUGCAAAUCCCACUGCUACUAUCACCACCUACAACGUUACUAAGGAGCCUGCUGCGCAACGAACUUCUAACUCCAAUACGUCUCGUCGUCGUUCGUCGACGGUAGACACCAAUCCCGUUAAGCCUAUCAUAGUCACCACCAAUCAUGCUAGUCGACCUCACGGCACCUCCUCUCAUACGUCCUCGGCCGCGCGCACCACUAGUCCGUCGCGCGAUCCUUAUAGGUCAAGCGAUGAGACGUACUAUACCCAACCGGCUUCCUCGAUACGUUCGCGAAGUACAGCCCGAUAUGGCCACGGUUAUACCCAAAGUGCCACGCUAAGCAAUGAGGAAUUCUCCCGAUUGAGGGAGCGAGUCGGCGACGACAGACUUCGACCACCAACGCAUGUUGCAACCGAUUAUUACCGAUCUUCGCUUCCCCACGCCAAUUACACAACACCAGCGUAUGAUUUGAACGCCACCGCAGUCGUCGACUACGACAACGAAGGCUAUGAAUACACGAAACCUAGCGACUUGGCUAGGUAUGAUUUAGAUCAUGAUCGCCAGCUACCGCAUAGAAGACGAGAGAGCCUUGAUCGUUCUUACCAUCGUCCUACCGUAAAUGUCGUGAGCAAUGAUCUGGGUCGUUACGACACUCGCGGUCGUGGACCACCUCCCGCAUCCUCCGGACUCGACCGUUACAACAGAGCUCCAACCACAUCUGCGGGUAUCUAUGACCGCCCGACGGUUACGAUGCCUGCUUUGCCGCCAGUACCUGCUGCCCCGCUAGUUGACCCCUUGCGCCGGAUUGAAGCCCCGAGAGAACCAUCGCCAGAUCGCAAGACAACUCGACCACGCCCGGUUUCUCUAUACCAAGAUACGCCUGCGCGCAUAGCGCAUACUGAUGACCUUUACCGGUCGCACGACGACGAGCGCUUGCACCGCCGUCGGGAUCGCGACGACGGCUACCGCGAUGACGACGUUACUGCUCGUGGGUAUGGCAUUCGCACAAACACGUUGGAACCGGAACGCUCGGACCGUCCGGCAACGUCGGUCGAUCGGCGUGGUUAUGACGAUCGACGCCAGCGACGAGACGUAGCUGAGAACGAGCCUCGGCGCCGCUCUGAUGAGUCGAUCGACUAUACUCGCAGUCACGACUCCCGAAAGACACCCGAGGACCCCAUAACCCGAUCCAGCUCAGUCAGGGAUCCAAGAGAUGCCGCUGGCCAGAAGAACGGCGUAGGCGGCCGAACUCGUGACAAAGUUGCCGCCGGCCUGAGCGUCGCCGCUGCGGCGGUAGGCCUUGCCGCCAGAGACACAACCAAGGAUGACGAUCGGAAGGUUUCCCCACGACGGCGCGAACUCGACGAAGAUGCAGAGGUCCCAAGCUCCCGCGCUGCGGAUAGGUAUAAGCCCAAGGACAAGGACGCGGAACGAAAGCCUUCCCCUCGAGGAGAAUCGGUUGCUCCAGACUCGCGAGGGGAAUCCCGGAAAGAACAGGUAGACUCGACGUCGAGCUCUAUAGAACAUGAACUCGAAAGGGAGCGUCUUCGCGAGCGAGCCUACGAGCGCGAACUCGAGAGGGAGCGGGAGAAGAAGCGCGAGUUGGAGCGCGAACAUGACCGAGAGCUCGAGCGUGAACGUGAACGUGAACGCAACGGCGGUCGGGACGACAAGACCAGAGUUAACGGCUCCGCCGCGGUAGAUUCCAAAGACGAUUCAAUCGCCUCUGAUGACGCCACAACCGCACCACGAAGGCGACGUCGCAACUCUACGAGCUUCGACCCCACGGACCCAGACGACUUGCUAGAUGUAAAGGCGGAACUAGCCGCAAAGGAAGGCCAGGACAAGACAAAGGACAAGCCAGCUCCCAAGGAGUCGGACAAAGAGACGACGCGUUCCGUUUCGGUAGAGCGUGUAUCCACCAACUCGCGCGAGGAAUCGCGCGGCCGCGAGUCGACCACGGCCAGCACGACGGAGAAGGAGAAGCAAGUGCGGGUGGUGUCGCCCCCGCGGGAGAAGUCGGAGCACAAGCCGAUCAAGGGGAUCCUCAAGCCGCCGAGCGCCAAGUUCCCCGAGGAGCAGAACCCGAUCCGGGAGGGCGUCGCGCCGCACAAGGACGACAAGUCGAAGAAGGGCGUCCCGCCCGGCGCCCGCUGGACCAAGAUCAACCGCAAGCUGAUCAACCCGGCCGCGCUCGAGGCCGGCGGCGAGCGCUUCGAGGUCCGCGACGACUUCGUCAUCGUCCUGCGCGUCCUCGGCAAGGACGAGAUCCAGAAGUACGCCAACGAGACCGCCAAGAUCAGAGCGGAGAAACGGCGAGAAUACGAGAAGCAGUACGGCAGCGACCGCAACUACGACUCCGUGCGCGAGGACCGGGAUUACUCGGACGACGAGCGGCGGGUGCGGCGCGGCCGCCGCGAGCAGCACGAGGGCGACGCCGACUACCGGAAGUACCGCGACCGCGACGAUGCGACCACCAACGACCGGGAGCGUCCCCGGCGCGCGGCUGCCGCCCACAGACACGGGUCGGAUUCGGAAGAAGACGUCCGCGGCCGCCGGGCCAUCGAAUACGACGUCGCCCGUCCUCACCGCUCCCACCGCGACUACGAUGCCGUCUCUGCCAAGGCGGAUGACAGGCGUUAA